UAGUAUUCGCAGGCCAGACUAAUCGAGCUGCAGAACCAGCUCAGGCUCACCAGCCGAACGUUGAUACACACACUGAGCAAAAAUGGCGGAUGACAAGGAUCCCCUGAAACAACUGAAAGAUCUAUCGCAGCUCAGAAAUCAGUUGGAGGAGAUCCAGAGGCGAGUAGAGAACGAAGUGUCCGCAGGAAUCCCUCAGGGAAGCUCUGUGCUGGGAUCUCCGUUUCUGAAGGGCUUUUUGGCUGGCUAUGUGGUGGCCAAGCUUCGCUCUUCUGCCAUCCUGGGAGUUCUGCUGGGAACAUUCACUGGCAUUUACGCAGCUCAGAACUAUGCAGUGCCCAACAUUGAAAGGACUGUAAAAGAGUACAUGAACAGCUUGAAAAAAGGACCAAAGUAAUUUGGACUGACUGCCGGUCCUGUCAGCGACACAACAAAAACAAGAGAAAGAAACACUCUUGCAGCUGCUGGCUCAUGACAGGCCAGAAUUCAACAUUUUUGUGUAAGCUGGAUAAUAGCUAUAGUCAUUUAACUGGAAUUUCACUGGGACUCAAAAAGACUUGCUUUUUUUUUUUUUACUUGCGCUUUUGUUUCAGGUUCGUUUCAUUACUGAUGUUUCAUUUCCACUUGCAUCUGUUCAGUUUUACCACAGCAUGUCAGACUUUGUGCCUCCAAGGUUUUAAGAUUUUUCAGAUUGCAUAACCUGUCUUGUUUUUUGCUGCCUGGAGCAGAUAUUUAAACCCACUGGAUUCUUCACCGGUCAUGUGUAAAAUAGGUUGCAUUACCUGCAAAUAUUUCUUAGACCUUUUGUUGUUCAACCACACACAUAUACAUAUAAAGAGACAGAUAUACA